UCUUGCAGCUCGGAAGCUUUCUCGGUUGGAAGGAAGUGUGUCCCAUUGCUCGGAGUGCGAUAAUCGCACCAUUUUGGCUUGAUAUUUAUCUGUACUUUGUUGCCGCAUAGGGGAUUGUUUCGCUGCGUACAUUAGUGUUGUGCUUUUUCCGAAUUUUCGAGGGGAAGAGAAGGUAGUGAAAUGUGCGUGGGGAUCUCCGUUCGGGUGGUGGUGUAGGUUGUUCUGGUCAUCUUGCAGGUUCAACUCUGGUUGUCUGGCUGGAGUUGGCGGCCACAAUGCCAACCUCUGUAGCGGGAAUGAGCUACAGCAGCGCUAUUCUGCAGUCCGGGAUUGCAAAUGGACGUGGCCGUGGGGCUCCUUGUUGUGCAGCCCCUAGGUCUUCUGCCGUGAGGUAUACGACUCUAGGCUUCGUUGGAAACCUCUGCCCUCCGAGGUUUGGCACGCAGAAAGUGGCCGUGAGCAGUGAGAAACGCGGAUCUCGAUGCCGGAAUACACUAACCACGGAUGUGUACAAACAAGAUGAGAACGACCUUGCGCAAAGCAAGAAACAGGAGCACGAGAGUGGUAUUGAUUUGAAGCAGUGGAUGGAAGAACAGGGGUUGCCCGAGUGUAAAGUAUCUUUGGCAGAGCAUCAGCCGUCGGAGGGUGACAAAGGGAAGCCUAUACAUUACGUUGUGGCCAGCGAGGAUUUGCAGCCCGGCGAAUUGGCAUUAACUAUCCCCAAGUCCCUUGUUGUUACACUGGAGAGAGUCUUGGGAGACGAAACCAUAGCUGAAUUAUUGACCACGAACAAGCUCUCCGAACUUGCUUGUCUAGCACUUUAUCUUAUGUACGAGAAAAAACAAGGGAAAGAAUCGUACUGGUAUCCAUACAUUCGUGAACUUGACAGGCAAAGAGGACGGGGACAGCUUUCAGUGGCGUCGCCAUUGUUGUGGUCUCGAGAAGAGCUAAAUGAGUAUUUCACAGGAAGCACCAUGAAGGAGGUAGUGUUAGAGAGAUUGGCAGGUAUCAAACGGGAAUACGAAGAACUUGACACAGUGUGGUUUAUGGCGGGUUCUUUAUUCAAGCAAUAUCCCUUCGACCUACCUACGGAAGCUUUCUCAUUUGAGAUAUUCAAGCAGGCUUUUGUGGCUGUGCAGUCCUGCGUUGUUCACCUCCAGGGAGUGAGUCUCGCAAGGCGCUUUGCAUUAGUCCCAUUGGGGCCCCCACUUUUGGCCUAUAAGAGUAACUGCAAAGCGAUGUUGAAGGCGGUUGAUGACAACGUAGUGCUAGAAGUUGAUCGUGCUUACAAGGCUGGUGACCCUAUCGCUGUGUGGUGCGGUCCACAGCCUAACUCUAAGCUGCUGCUUAACUACGGGUUUGUAGAUGAAGAUAAUCCUUACGAUCGACUUGCCGUCGAGGCAUCAUUGGAUACAGAGGAUCCUCUUUACCAACAGAAAAGGGCUAUCGUACAAAAGAACAAUCGCUUGACUAUACAAACUUUUCAGAUAUACAAGGGCAAAGAAAUGGAAGCUGUCCUGGACAUGUUACCUUACAUGCGACUCGCGCAUUUGGCUGAUCCUGAAGAGAUGGAGACCGUCUCAUUUGCCCAGGGGCCUGUUUGCCCUGUAAGUGCUUGCAAUGAGAGAGCUGUAUUAGAACAAUUAGAGCAGUACUUUGAGAAGCGCUUGGCAGGAUACAAAUCAUCCCAUGCAACGGAGGGUGGUGAUGCCAAGAAAAACGCAAAGAAAAGAGUAGCGGAGAAGUUGCUGUGUAUUGAAAAGAGCAUAUUAAGAAAUGCUUUGGCUGCAGUGCAGGAGCUGAUUAGCCAGCUACCGGACAGUGCUAUUUCACCCUGCAUUGGUCCUUAUCUUCCCAACUUGAAGUGAAGACUUCAGUGCAGAAAGUUGCGUGUAGCAUAGUACCCAUUAUUCGUAGAUACUUGUUUCCUGCUCUAUGUCAGAGUCUAUCUCCGAAAAUGUCAGGAAUUUGUAAAGAAGCACUUGACCCACAACUUUGCAUUUUA